AUGAACAACCUCAAUCCCUACGCAAUUUCCGCCGGUUCCCCUUACGCGAAGGAGAAUACUGCGGAGGACACUGAAAUGCAAGCGGAACCUCAACAGUCUGAGCAGACUCCGGGCUUUGAUCGCCAAGGAACUUCAUCCGACAUCAUCCAACCGCCGCCUCAAGCGAAGAUAUCGGACAAGAUAACUUCUGCGGAGAUCCAGGACGCCCUGCUCAGGAAUGAUGUCAACUGGCGACAACAGUGGGAAGAUGUCGAUCUCGGGUUGCACUCAGGCUCGCCUAUCCCCGGGGUACCCACGAACACCCCAAACGCUCCGUCGACGUGGCUUACCACCUCCUCCCCGUCCACAAUUGCUCCUAGCCAUGCGACCUCGAGCGAAUCUACCUUGUUCGCCCUCCCGCCGCCAGCACUAUCGCUAUGGGAACCCGCCGCUGCGCGCCACAGUAACUCCUACUGGAACCAUGUGCCGCAUGCCACACGUCGAGGCAGGCGUCCAGCUGAUCUGUUGUUCAGCGGAUACGUUCCCAGUCAGGGAUCCCGCUGGAGCUGGCGUCGAAUACUGGGACGCUCGCAAUCUGCGGAAGAUCUGAACGGUUCCGCCAGGAGAACCAGUGAGAGAUGGUGGGAUCGCCUAUUCGCGAGCGCAGUGUGUGCCCGUUUCAGCGUCGGAAUCAUAUUUGUGUUGUUGAUGGCUGCGGUGGUGGCGUGGUCGGUUGGAAGUGAUGCGAAGAAGCACAUGGAUUACAAGAUGCCAAUGUAA